AUGCUCAUCCUACUGCUCUCCAACCUCCUACUCACCCUCACUGCGGUCUCCGCAACUCGCCCGACGGUCCACCUCGGCUACGCCACCUACGAGGGCGCGUACGACAGCGCGAGCGACUCGACGUCGUUCUUGGGCGUGCGGUAUGCGGCGCCGCCUGUAGGCGAGCUGCGCUGGCGGCCUCCACAGCCACCGGUGCCGCAGUUGGGGGUACAGCAAGCGACAGUACCACCUCUGGCGUGUGUGCAGGGGUCAGUGGGGCUGGCGGCGGCGGCUCCAAUUUUUAUGCGUGGGGAGAAGACGGCGGAGAAUGCGACGUUGUUGGAUGUAUACACUCCCGGCAAGUUUAGGGCUCAUUCAAGUAAACGCAAGCCCGUGCUCGUCUACAUACACGGCGGUGGCUACGUUCAAGGAAGUGGGACAGGCUUGAGCGGCCCCGACGCAAACGACGCGAGGUUUUUCUUGCAACGAGCGAAGGGUGGAUUGAUCAUGGUCGUGGUUCAAUAUCGACUGGGGAUGUAUGGGUUCUUGGCAGGAGCGGACGCACGAGACGCGGGGGCUGCGAAUGCUGGGCUGCUGGACCAGCAGUUCGCCUUGCAAUGGGUCCAGAAGCAUAUCCACAAAUUCGGCGGAGACCCCUCAGACGUGACCAUCUGGGGCCUAUCGGCAGGCGCGGGGUCCGUAUACCAGCAUAUCGUAGCCAACGACGGACAGACAUCGCCCGCCCUCUUCGACACGGCCAUCGUCAGCUCGAACUAUCUACCGCCUCAAUACGAUGUGGAGGAUCCUAUCUCGGAGGCGCGUUGGUCUUCGUGUGCGCCAGAGACGGAUGCGCUUGACUGUCUUCGAGAUGCCGAUGCUUCUGUCUUGCGACGUGUGAAUGCGGACAUGGCCGUGUCUGCGUUCUACGGGACGUUCCUGUUCGUGCCAGUCGUCGACCACUGUUUUAUCCAGCAAGCUCCUAGCCAGGCACUUGAGGAGGGCAGAGUUAAUGGGAAUCACCUUCUGGCGGUAAACAACGCAGACGAGGGCAGCCUGUUCGUCGACACCAGCGACCCCGACGCGUUCAAUACAACCUCUUGGCUGAAGAACGCCUGGCCCAAGCUCACGGAUUCGAACAUUGCGAGAGCCCUCACACAGUAUCACGAUCUUGCGCCCGUCGACCAGGCUACCACGAUAAUGGGCGAUAUCAUAUUCCUCUGCCCAAGCUACCCGCUCAUGCGGGCCUUCGAGAAGCCGUACAAGGCUGAGUUCGCCAUUGACAAUGCCUGGCACGGUCGUGAUCUCCCUUAUUAUUUCCCCGACACCGUUUAUCUGUUUGGCAAGGCCUACAACAACACCGACUUCGACACCGCUUUCGCGUCCGCAUUUAGCAAUUUUGCUCUCUCGAAAGAUCCGAAUGUGAAGGUCGGCGAGGAUCUGACGCCGGAGUGGGCACACUGGAGCGACGAAUGCACCGUCGAGAUGAUCUUCAACAAGACGGAGAACGACGUUCCUGAUGUGCGCGCAUCGCGUACGGACGAGCGGGUUUUGGAGCGAUGCAGCUUCUGGCAGAGCAUUGGGCCCUCUGUUGGCCAGUAA